AUCUUGGCUUCCCGGGGAAAGGCGGUGUGAGGGGAAGAAGUUGUAGGGUGGGGGCAGGAGUGAGGAGGAGGGGAGAGAGAGGGGGAGGAGGCCGCGGCGGGGCAGGGCGGGGACUGCCUGCCUGCCCGGGUUGCGGAAGUGGUAGCCGCUGACCGAGCCUGCUGCUCUCUCGCUACUGCUUCGGCUUCCCGGCUCCCCCCCAGACGGAGAGGGUGGCCCGGCCGUGGAUGGUCAGAUAGCUUCUACCUCCCGCCGCCCAUCCCUGGCCCCAACCGGCACGGAGCAGACGGCGGCAGCAGCAGCAGCAGGCGAGGAGGAAGAUGGCGGGACGGCUGCCGGCCUGUGUGGUGGACUGUGGCACGGGGUAUACAAAACUAGGAUAUGCUGGAAAUACGGAACCACAGUUUAUCAUCCCUUCCUGUAUCGCUAUUAAGGAGUCAGCAAAAGUGGGCGAUCAAGCUCAAAGGAGGGUGAUGAAAGGUGUUGAUGACCUAGACUUCUUCAUUGGUGAUGAAGCAAUAGAAAAACCUACAUAUGCAACAAAGUGGCCAAUCCGCCAUGGUAUAGUUGAAGAUUGGGAUUUGAUGGAAAGGUUUAUGGAGCAAGUGAUCUUUAAAUAUUUAAGGGCAGAACCUGAAGAUCAUUAUUUUCUUUUGACUGAACCUCCACUGAAUACUCCAGAAAACAGGGAAUAUACUGCUGAAAUAAUGUUUGAGUCCUUCAAUGUUCCUGGCUUGUACAUUGCUGUACAGGCCGUUCUUGCCUUAGCUGCAUCUUGGACCUCCAGACAAGUAGGAGAACGGACGUUGACCGGUACGGUAAUAGACAGUGGAGACGGUGUCACUCAUGUCAUCCCUGUGGCUGAAGGGUAUGUGAUUGGCAGCUGUAUUAAGCACAUUCCAAUCGCAGGACGAGAUAUAACAUAUUUUAUUCAGCAAUUGUUGAGAGACCGAGAAGUAGGAAUUCCUCCAGAACAAUCCUUGGAAACUGCUAAGGCAGUGAAGGAGCGCUAUAGUUAUGUCUGCCCAGACUUAGUAAAAGAAUUUAACAAGUAUGAUACAGAUGGAUCAAAGUGGAUUAAACAGUAUACUGGAAUCAAUGCUAUCUCAAAGAAAGAGUUUUCCAUUGAUGUUGGAUAUGAGAGAUUCUUGGGACCUGAAAUUUUUUUUCAUCCAGAGUUUGCUAACCCAGACUUUACCCAGCCUAUCUCAGAAGUUGUAGAUGAAGUAAUUCAGAAUUGUCCUAUUGAUGUCAGACGUCCUCUCUACAAGAAUAUUGUCCUCUCCGGAGGUUCAACCAUGUUCAGGGACUUUGGACGUCGCUUGCAAAGAGAUUUGAAAAGAACUGUAGAUGCCAGACUGAAAUUAAGUGAGGAAUUGAGUGGUGGUAGAUUGAAGCCAAAACCUAUUGAUGUACAAGUCAUUACGCACCACAUGCAACGAUAUGCAGUUUGGUUUGGAGGAUCUAUGCUGGCUUCCACACCUGAGUUCUACCAAGUAUGCCACACCAAAAAGGAUUAUGAAGAAAUUGGACCUAGCAUUUGUCGUCACAAUCCAGUGUUUGGAGUCAUGUCGUAAAAUUGGCUUCAUAGUUAUUGGGGUUAGGGAGGUGGGGAAGAAAUAGUCUUUCUGAUUACCUGUUUUGUCUGGAUGGCUGGUUUUAAACCUGACUUGAAAUAAUAAGACCAAACAUUAAUUAUACAGGAAUAUUUUAAUAAGUAUAUCAACAUGCGAAUGUAGAGGAGAGCCAAAAUGAUUAAGUGUUUUUCUUUAGAUUGAAUAUUUGAAUCUUACGUGUAUCAAAAAGAAGUGGGUUUUAGUUCUUUCUGUGCCCUGGUAUUUUGUAUAUUAUUGAAUUAUCCAAGAUUUGAUGGGAUUUAUCAGUAUGUAGAUAGCUCUAUAAUGCUUGAAUUGUACACUUUGAAGUGUGUGCAAUGCAAGAGCUUGUUUAUAUUUCAUACUUUUUAUACUUUGAGGAAAAAAGUCAAAGAAAAACUAGUAUUUGAGGGUAAAAAAAAAGUGACCAAGUAAAGGAUAAAUACAAAAAGUAACCUGUGAGACUUGGCAUACACAACACACUCAUGGGAUUCCAGUUAUUAUGAAGUGCUUCCACCUUCCUGUGCCCCCAAUGGUUUUCUUUGCAAGUGCUUUUGGAACUAAGAAGCUAGUGUCUUGGAUUAACUGAUGCCUGCUAGUGCUUUCUGAUUACUCGCAUUCUGUUUUCUCGCUUUAAAGGAAAAGUAAAGACAAGACUGUUGGACCAGAAUUGCAGUUCUGUAGUGUCAUUUCUUAUUAAAAAAUGAAUAAUUUGAUUACCCAAAUUGGUAUAUUUAAAGCCUAACACCAUUCUAAUAAAGGCACAAAUUUCUUUUUAAUACUUGUUUCAAGCUCUUUAAUCUUUAUAAGUUAACUAAUAAAUCUAUUUUCUUCAAACCUCUGCAAUAGUUCUUUAAAAUCUCAACAGUUGGUUAGUAAGCUGACUUUUUUAUGUGCUCUAAACAAAUAAUUGUGAACUUUUAAUAUGUUGAGUGCUUUCAUUUUGAUAACUGGAUCUCCAUUUGAUAUUUUCAUUUGUAUAACUCAUUUGCAGUCCAAAAAUUUUUUUAGUGCCAGUCCCUGCCAUAUCAUGGAAAGUUAAUUUUCAUUACAUUUUAAAAUAUCUGGAUCAUGAAGAACAAGUGAUGAAAAUAAAUUAAAACUGAAUUACCUUUUCUAAUGUUUUUUUUUUUUUUAAGAAGCAGUGUCAUUUCUACUUUGUGUUUAUAUAUUUAUGUGCUUUUUAUUUCUGUUGAAAUAAUAGAAUUCAUUGAAAUCGCUAUAUAUAUGGUAGAAAAUUUCUUGUGAGCUUGAAAUUUUGCCAGUUAUUUAUAGAAGACUAAAAUGAGAGAUGUUUUUAUAGGCUUUUAGAACUUAAGCAGUAAUACCAGUGAACACUUGAACUUCAUUAUCCAUGAAAAUAACACGCAGGAUUAAUGUUAAUAUAUACUUCUGUCCAAAAAUUAGACAAUUAAAGUGUUUUUGUCUUUAACAUAGA